AUGCAUCCUCCUCUUCCUUCAUCCUCGUGUAACUGUAUGUGUCUUUGUUUUCCCAGACUCUCCUUCAUUAUGGAUAAAAUCUGCCUGGAUCUCAUCAAAUCUACUUUCCACGGUGACGAGGUCCACUCCCACGUAGUUGUUGUCCUUGGUGCCUCUGGAGAUCUUGCUAGAAAGAAAAUUUACCCCACACUUUGGUGGCUCUAUCGCGACAGACUUCUUCCCCGAAAGACCUACUUUUUUGGUUACGCCCGUUCAGAUAUCACUACUGAUGAUAUUAGGAAGAAAUCAACUCCUUAUAUGAAAGUACAGCAGAAUAAACCGGAAGAAAUGGAAAGUUUUGAGAAAUUUUGGAAGAAGAAUACCUACAUUAAGGGUAGCUAUACGGAGAAAUGCGACUUUGUAGCUUUGGAUAAAGCGAUUAAGGAUAACUAUGGUGAACUAGUCAAUCGAAUUUUCUAUCUUGCUCUGCCGCCCUCCACCUACGUGUCCGUUUCAUCGCAUCUUUCCGAAUUUUGCAAGACUACACGUCCUGCUGUCUGGACGCGCCUGAUCAUUGAAAAGCCUUUCGGCCGUGACCUUGAAUCUGCCCGGCAGCUGUCCAGUCAUCUGAAUGGCCUCUUUACUGAACAGCAGAUCUAUCGUAUUGACCAUUACUUGGGCAAGGAAAUGGUUCAGAAUCUGCUCAUUCUUCGAUUUGCCAAUAUGAUCUUCAGUCCUUUGUGGAAUCGAGAGCACAUAAGCAACGUGACAAUCUCUUUCAAAGAGCCUUUCGGAACCGCCGGUCGCGGAGGCUACUUCGAUAACUUUGGUGUUAUUCGUGACGUAUUGCAAAAUCACCUCAUUCAGGUCCUUGCCCUUAUUGCAAUGGAAAAGCCGCUUUCUCUCGGCGCGGAGGAUAUUCGAGGCGAAAAGGUAAAAGUACUGCGAUGCAUCAAGCCCCUGAAAUUGGAGGACCUUGUGGUCGGGCAAUACGUAGGAAACCCUGAUGCCGACGAUGAGGAAGGUAAACAGGGCUAUUUGGAUGAUCCCACUGUUAACAAAGAUUCAAUCACUCCAACGUACGCAUGCUCCGUUCUCUAUAUAUCAAACGAUCGUUGGCAUGGUGUGCCCUUCAUUUUGCGCGCUGGAAAAGCCCUAAAUGAUCGCAAAGCGGAGGUUAGGAUACAGUUCAAAGAUCUAGCCUUUGACAUUUUUGAUAGGCCAAACCAAGGUGAUACUCCCGUUGUCCGCAAUGAGUUGGUCAUUCGAGUGCAGCCAGGUGAGGCAGUCUACUUGAAAGUCAUGACCAAACGACCUGGUAUGAGCUUCAUUCCUGAACAGACGGAGUUGGAUCUUACCUACUCUUCUCGAUAUGAGGAUCUCAAAUUGCCAGACGCCUACGAACGUCUCCUCUUGGAUGUUUUCUCAGGUUCUCAGACCAACUUUGUUCGUUUCGAUGAAUUGGAUGAAGCUUGGCGAAUCUUCACUCCAGCGCUGCAGGAGUUGGAAACCAAGAAAAUCAAACCAUUCCCCUACAAAUACGGCAGGUAA